AUGAUGCUAUGGACCUCCACGGAUCGGCAGUGCUUCUUCUACGUGUUCAGGUUGCCGCCCUGCUGGAGGAAGUUCAUGGCCUUCGAGGUCCCAGUCCCAGGGCGGCUCGUCGGGCGCCCGAGCGAGCCUCGCGUGUACGUUGCCAGCGCCACGGUGGCGAUGGGCUGGAUCUCUGCGACGGGCAUCGCUCAGCACAUCCACCGCAACAUCUUGCGGCAGGGGUGGCAGCUGUCCGCCAGCCUGCCGAGGGAGGCCGAGUGGCGGCGUGAUCGCCCGGCGCCGCUCACGGCCCUGGCUCAGGAGGUCGAAGCUUGGGAAGUCUACACCGAUAACUUGGAGGCGCAGGAGGUUGUCACGCGCGAGGGCGGCAAGGUGCUCAAGGGCACCGCGAGCCCGCUCCUGCUGGCUGCUCGUGAGGCGUAUGCGCGGUGCGGCACGCCAGGCGUACCUGCCAAGGACGUGCUCAGGGCCAGCGAGGUGCAGGCGCUGGGCGACCGCAUCGACGGCGACCUGGGGAGGAAGGAGGCGCCGCGCGGCUACGUGGUCAGCCUCAUCUCCCUCACCUUGUGGGUCCUGGGACGCCCCGGUGUGAAUAAGAAGCACUGGCAGAUCGUGCUGGGCCGUUGA